AUGGCGGAUGACCAAUCUCCUACCUCGCCUACUGGCGAGACCGGUACGAGCUCCUUCUUCGACAAUAACAUCCCUGCGCCAGUCCCCGUUGAAGUCCACCACUCCAAUCCUCAUCACCAAGAUGUGCCCAUUCAACCAACGGAGGAAGAGGAGCCUAGCCAUCGCUUCAAGGCACCUACACCACGACCAACUUUCAUGGAGCACUUGGCCAACUCCCGCGAUGCACAAUUCCAUAUGAACCGACAUGAAUCGAGCGAGCUGGACCGAUACUUUCAUGGCCCUCGCGAUAUGGACAAGCACUCCAAAUGGCCCAUUUUCUUGCGUAUGCAUGGAAGUGUCACGCCAAAGAUGAUUCUUCCCAUGCUGCUAGUCGGCUGCUGGGCAACCCUGAUUAGCUGUGUUUCGUAUUUCUGGCAUGACCUCGGUAUCAACGAUAUCCUACUUACAGUUCUGGGUUUCGUGGUUGGUUUGUCAUUGUCUUUCCGAAGUUCAACAGCUUAUGAGCGUUGGGCUGAUGGACGCAAAUACUGGGCUCAACUCGUGCAAACGUCUCGCAAUCUUUCUCGAACAAUCUGGGUCAAUACUAGCGAACGUGAAGGCGAACUUGGCAAGGUGGAUCUAUUACGCAAGGUUUCCGCUAUGAACCUCCUGCUUGCCUUCGCUAUCGCCCUCAAGCAUAAGCUUCGCUUCGAACCUGAUAUCGCCUAUGAGGAUCUUGUCGGAUUAGUUGGACACCUCGAUACCUUUGCGCGGGAUGCACACGAUCACGAUGUCUUGCAUCCUAGGUCGAAGACCCUCUGGAAAUCUGCGGGCGAGUACCUCGGUGUUUCAUUUGCGGAGUCGAACCCACGCAAGUUGAUUAAGCGCUCAAAGAAGCCGCUUGGACACUUGCCUCUGGAGAUUCUGAAUCAUCUGUCGGCGUAUGUCGAUUCUUGUGUGGACAAUGGCACCCUGAAGUCUGGUUUGCACCAGGGUCAAGCUAUUACCGCAAUUGUAUCGCUGAAUGAGGUUGUAACGGGUACAGAGCGUGUGCUGGACACUCCUCUGCCAUCUGCGUAUACAAUUGCCAUUUCGCAGAUUUCCUGGAUCUACGUCCUUGUUCUUCCAUUCCAGCUCUACGGAUUCCUUAAGUGGAUCACCAUCCCCGCAUCUGUUGGUAAGUUCAGACUUUAUUCCAAUCUCAUCCAUAAACAUGGUGCUAACCUUACUUCAGUGGCUGCAUACAUUAUCAUCGGUCUCGCAACAAUUGGCAGUGAAAUCGAGAACCCCUUCGGUCAAGACGUCAACGACUUGCCCCUGGACACAUACUGUCGCCAGAUCGCUCUGGAACUGGAUCUCGUCACGGCCACACCCCCACCCAAGGUUGACGACUUUAUGACUCGCGACGAUAACCUGGUCAUGUUCCCACUAAGCCAGAGCGGAUACAAUGAGUGGAAGGAUCGAAGUGCGGAUGAUAUUCGGGCAGCGCUUAAGGCGAAGAUGGUUGCUACGCCGAGUGUUAAUCCCGCGCUUUCGGAUACUUCUACCGUUGCAGCACCCUCUGUCACUACUAAACAAUCCGUUUAG